GUGAAGCGAGUUCAGAGCUCUGGCGAGUGUUGUCAGGAGGAUUUCGCGAUGGAUCUUCACUCGUUUCCUCAUAUUUGAAAUGAACUUUUUGGGAUAUAAAUUGAACCGUUUGUUUUAUAGAUUACACUCUUAAACCUUUCAAUUCGAUUCGAAGCGUAGGUCUACGGCGUCUUAGGACCCAUGUAACAUCAGACGGCAACGGGAUGUGUCAUGUUUACUAUACAAAUCGUCAAUAACAGUGACACUCCCUUUCCAGACAACAAAUCAAUUGUUGAAUGAACAGUCAAUUGUCGCGUAUCGUUACAACUGCUCCUUUCAUGAAAAUGUCCAAGAUUGAGAGAUUGAAUGCACGGGUUUCUAAACUGCUGACCGCAGCAGUCCAAGAGGUUCUGGAGGUGGUAAAGGAUACAGUGUCGGAGUAUCAGGAGAAAACCGCUCGAACUCAGAGGGAAAACGAGAGACUUCAGAAGAAAUUCCAGGAACUACAACAGAGGUUUGAUCGAGAAUUGUCACGGCUGUCCUCAUUGCAGGCUAGCCAAUCAGAGCAAUCCAAAUGCUCGUGUAAACAACUUCCCUCCUCUGAGGCAUCAGACAAGUCAGAGCUGAAGGCGGAGUCAGGAGUGAAUUCUGCAGACGGGGUGAAGCAUCAGCUGGAGUUGAAGGUAGAAUCCACUGUCCGCGUUGAGCAGGUGUUUGCAAACUACAGUGAAGUGGUUCCUUCACGUUUCUCCGUGGCGGACACAGAAAGUGACUGCUCUGCUCACUCACAAUCUGUGAACUCAAAGGACAGCUCGGCACAUGCCGAAAGUCUGGUGUUCCCCAAUGGAGUCUCAUCAUCGGCUAACUCCACCUCACCCACUCGGCACGGUAUGCCAGCCAACAUCAUCAACAUCAUCAAAGCAGAGCCUGACCUUCUGGAAUAUUCACUCUCCCAGCAACCCGAGCCUCCACACCACCUGUACGACCACGAGGAACCCAACCCAGAUUCUGGCUCCAACGUAGCACAGAACAACGUCCAGAAGUUAGAUAUCCCGCAGCACAGCUCUGAUACUUCAGAAAUGACACACUAUAUCCAUUCUGACACACUCAACGCCUUUGUGGAGUCGUUCCCCCUCAAGCGGACCCAGGGGCUGAGGGCUGAGCCAUGGGCCCAGCAGCAGCAGCAGCAGCAGCAGCAGCAGCAGAAUCAGCAGCAGAAUCAGCACCAGCUGCUGCUGCAGCAGCGGCGUUUUCCUGGCCGAGAUGAGAGCCACCGCUGCCUGCUCUGCGGCAAGACCUUCAGCCGGCUGAGUGGCCUGCGCAUCCACCAGCGCUGCCACACGGGCGAGAAGCCGUACGCGUGCGGGCACUGCGGCCGACGCUUCAGCCACGCCGGGGACCUGCACAAGCACAAGCGCGUGCACACCGGCGAGCGGCCGUACGGCUGCCAGCAGUGUGGCAAGAAGUUCAGACAGUCGACCCACCUCAAGAAGCACCAGAGGAUCCACAGCUUCCGCCACCUCAGCUUCAACGGCUCAGGCAGGCGAGUGUCAAAAAUUGAUCGACUUAAUGCUCGAGUGUCCAAGUUACUCACGGUGGCGGUGCAUGAAGUUCUGGAGCUCGUGCGGGAGACAGUGUCGGAGUAUCAAGAGAAAACCGCGCGCACUCAGCGGGAGAACGAGAGACUCCGGCAGAGGCUGCGCGAUGCCCUGGGAAGGCUGGAGAGCGAGAGGGAAGCAGUGAGACGGGUUCAGCUGGCCUCUGUUUUGGAGUGUGCUAUUAUUCAGGAACAACAACAGCAGCAGCAGCAGCAGCAGCAACAGGACUGUGAUGCGUUCAGGUCUUCUCCUGUGAGCCUCGAGCUGGAGAGCCCUCCAGCCGACGAGAAGCCGGUGGUGAGUGAUGGACAGUGUCAACAGACCGCGGAGCAAGAGCCCGAGGAAGAGCAGAAGCUCUCGGCCGAGGCGCUCACGGAGUGUGCCGUGCGAGUGCAGCUGAUGUUCACCGACCACGACGGGACCUCGAGCGGCGAGGGGGCCGCCCUCGCUGAUGACACGGUGAAAAUCUGCGUCGUCGACGGCAUCAAAAGCGACGCUGACGCCGACGCCGACGCCGUCGCGGUGAGCCGCGUAACCACACUGACCCCGACGACGACGGCGGCGGCAAGCUGUGUCCUGUCGCCUCGCAAACAAAGUUCUACUGACGUCCACGCGGUUUCUGUGGAGAACAUCAAAACGGAGCCGCUCUCGCCGAGGUCCCCCAUCGGCUACCAGGAAGUGCCGGUGAAUGAGCUCACAGCGGAGCUCAGUGGCAUCCGACCGCAGCCCGCUCCCCACCGAACCCUGAGCAGUGCCGCUGGGCCCUACGACCUGCUGUUUGCUCCCCCAUCCCAGCCGACGCCGGCGCCGGUCCCGGCUCAUCCUCACCAGUCGCCCCAGGUUCUGGGCCGCCGUCUGGGUCUCGGGCUCGGGUUCGGCCGGUCCCCGCGGCUCUCCGCCGACGUGCGGCGCCACCACCACCACCACCACCACCACCGGCAGGGCGUCCCGCACCGCGACGAGCCGCACACCUGCGGCGUCUGCGGCAAGACCUUCAGCCGGCUGGGCAACCUGCGCAUCCACGAGCGCUGCCACACGGGCGAGAAGCCGUACGCCUGCGGCCAGUGCGGCCGCUGCUUCAGCCAGGCCGGCGACCUGAAGAAGCACCGGCGCGUGCACACCGGCGAGAAGCCCUACUACUGCGGGCAGUGCGGCAAGAGCUUCAGCCGCGGGGAGAACCUCCGGCGGCACCAGAAGAUCCACGCCGGCGAGAGGGCCCAACUCCAGCAGGCCUGGGAUCGACCCGCUCAGAGCUGAGAGGGCUCAGCGGACAUCAGAAGAUCCACGCCGGCGAGAGGGCCCAACUCCAGCAGGCCUGGGAUCGACCCGCUCAGAGCUGAGAGGGCUCAGCGGACAUCAGAAGAUCCACGCCGGCGAGAGGGCCCAACUCCAGCAGGCCUGGGAUCGACCCGCUCAGAGCUGAGAGGGCUCAGCGGACAUCUUUGGACAGGGAAGAUGGACCAAUCAGUGACUGAGCCACAGGGUCCUUCUGAUCCGGUCUGAUGCUGUGUCUUGAUGUCUUCUCAAUAACAGCUUGUCCUAACAGGGUGCGACGCGAGCGAACAUUAGCGAUAAAAACUCCAGUUGAUCUGGAUCAGUGGCUUUAAUGAAUGUGAACUCCAAUGAAUUGGGAGAUGACUGUUGUUUUUCUAGGCUAUGAGGUUAUUAUUAUUAUUGAACUUUAAUGAAUGUGAAUUCUUCUCGAGGCACAAAGCACAAGUUGAAGGAGCUAAACAACCGAGGUCAUAAUUUAGUUUUACUUAUCGUUUGGUGUCUACUUGAUCCCUGUCAAAGAGUUCUAAUUAACCCCCCUAAUCAUGGCCACGCUAUCAGCAUCUGUGCCACAUUGGUGCACCGUGUGGUUUUGUUAUUGAAGGUCUGCUACUGUAGAUUUGCUACAGUAGCAUAACUUUAAAGGCAUGGUGACAAAAAGUGAUUGUUGUUGAUUCUCCCUUACAGAUUCAAGAAAUUGCUAUUCUAUCUAGGCCUACUUGUGAAUAUUUAAUCUGUACAACAGAAUACAACAGAAUGCUCAAACAUAUACUGUCAUUAUGUCUUUAGAAUUACAAUAUUGUUGUAAAUGUGAAAGUAGUUUAUUGUUUGGGCAACUACAUUUACAAUGGUUACAUACCAUAGGUACAUUGAAGCCUCUCUGUUUGUUUGUUUGUUUGUGUGUGUG